AUGAAUGGCGGACUCGAGUCGCGUGAUAGGGGAACUCGCGCCGCAGGCCUUGCCGCAGCACCAACGCCGCCAGUGCUUCGGGAGGCAUCAGAAAUUGCCGUAGCGGCAAUCGCGGCGGCGAAGGCGGUGCAGAGACGAACGCUGGAGUGCUCGAUCGAUGUCGUCGAUGCGCUCACCGUCUGGUGCGGCGGAGCGAGCGGCGGGGGAAUUAGCGGAGGCAGAGCGGCUGGGGGAAGCGGGGCAGGGACAAUGGGCGGGGCGCUGAUGCGGCGCGGAGGGGGGGCCGGGGGCGGAGGCGCAAGCGGGUUGUGGGGAGGCGGAGACCCGCUGAAGGGGAGUCGGAAGAUGUGGGUUGCGGGGCUGAUGGUGGUUGCGCUCAUCAGCCUCCUGAACACGUCACACAUGAGGGACUUUAAGAAGGAUGACCUGGCGCCUUUUAUUACAAGCCUGGCGAGCAGCGAGGCGCAGCUGGCGCAGCAGGUGCGCGCGCAGGCGGGCGCGGUGUCGGAGCUGGCGGAGCGCGCGCAGCAACAGGUGCAGCUGCUCGGCGCGCUGCUGAAGCGCACGGAGGCGCUCGAGGGCGCGCUGGGGCGCCUGGCGAACGGGCGCGAGCGGGAGGUGGUGGCGCGGGAGAUUGGCGCGCUGGGGGGCGGGGGAGGGGGCGGGGGAGAGGGAGCGGGAGGGGGAGGGGGAGGCGGAGGCGGAAGGGGAGUGGGAGAGGGAGGGGGUGGGGGAGGGGGAGCUGGGGAAGGUGAGAGAAGGCAAUUGGUGGUGGAGGCCGGGGAGAUAGCGGCGCAAGCAGGGAAGAUGGGGCGGCAGGCAGGCCGACAAGCGUGCAGAGCAUGGGGUGCAAGCAUGACUCCUCCCUAUUGCUCCGUUAUAAGCCUGCUGCACAAUCGUCCCCCCCUCCGCACCCGCCUCCCCCCUCUCUCUGUCCUCCUUUUCACUCAUCUCUACCAUUUCCACCCACUCCCCCCCCUCCCUCUCCCCCUUUCCAUCCAUCUAACCCCAUUUCCCCCCAAUUUCCCCUACCUCCUCCCAUCUCCCCCUGUGGGACCCCCUCGCACCCCGCAGUUACGGCUGCAGCGGGCGAUCAUAGAUGGGCUUAAGGCGCGCGUGCAGCAGCUGCAACAGGACGUUGCUACUGCCCGUGCUGCCCCCGUCACCACUGCUGCCACCGCCCAACUUCCCCUUAUCUCCCCUCUCUCUCCUUUCCCUUUCGCCCAUCUCUUGCAGCAGGAGGUUGCUUCUGCUCGUGCCACCGGCACCACCACUGCCAUGCACAACCCCCUUUUUCUCCCUAUCCCCCCUCUCUCUCCCCCUCUCUUUUGCUCCCCGCAGUUACGGCUGCAACGGGCGAUCAUAGAUGGGCUCAAGGCGCGCGUGCAGCAGCUGCAACAGGACGUUGCUGCUACCCGUGCUGCCCACGCUUCCCAUGCCAGCACCGCCUCUACUGCUGCUGUUUCCACUGCUUCCCGCACCACUAGUGCUGCUACUGAGGGUAGAGCAGGGGAAGCGGAGGGGCAGGGGGAGGGGGAAGGGAAGGAGCAGGAGCACGAGGGUCGUGAGGAGGAGGAGUUACAGCGGCAGCAGCAGGAGGAAGGGGGGCAGGGACACCAGGAAGGGGGACAAGGGCAGCAGGAGCAGGAUGGAGGUGCGGGAGGGGAGGAGCAGAGAGGGGUAAAGGAGGAGGGAGGCAUGGUUAGAGAGGCGCGGGGUGAAGACUUGGAGCUGAUUGGACGAGACGAAGAAUACACACCAUUCCGAGAGUACUCUACACCAUCAAGCUACAAGUUUGUUCGCUUUAGCAUGUCCCCGCCACCUGCUCUCCUUCCAGCAUGUCCCCGCCACCUGCUCUCCUUCCACCAUGUCCCCGCCACCUGCUCUCCUUCCACCGUGUCCCCGCCACCUGCUCUCCUUCCACCGUGUCCCCGCCACCUGCUCUCCUUCCACCGUGUCCCCGCCACCUGCUCUCCUUCCACGGUGUCCCCGCCACCUGCUCUCCUUCCAGCAUGUCCCCGCCACCUGCUCUCCUUCCAGCAUGUCCCCGCCACCUGCUCUCCUUCCAGCAUGUCCCCGCCACCUGCUCUCCUUCCAGCAUGUCCCCGCCACCUGCUCUCCUUCCAGCAUGUCCCCGCCACCUGCUCUCCUUCCAGCAUGUCCCCGCCACCUGCUCUCCUUCCAGCAUGUCCCCGCCACCUGCUCUCCUUCCAGCAUGUCCCCGCCACCUGCUCUCCUUCCAGCAUGUCCCCGCCACCUGCUCUCCUUCCAGCAUGUCCCCGCCACCUGCUCUCCUUCCAGCAUGUCCCCGCCACCUGCUCUCCUUCCAGCAUGUCCCCGCCACCUGCUCUCCUUCCAGCAUGUCCCCGCCACCUGCUCUCCUUCCAGCAUGUCCCCGCCACCUGCUCUCCUUCCAGCAUGUCCCCGCCACCUGCUCUCCUUCCAGCAUGUCCCCGCCACCUGCUCUCCUUCCAGCAUGUCCCCGCCACCUGCUCUCCUUCCAGCAUGUCCCCGCCACCUGCUCUCCUUCCAGCAUGUCCCCGCCACCUGCUCUCCUUCCAGCAUGUCCCCGCCACCUGCUCUCCUUCCAGCAUGUCCCCGCCACCUGCUCUCCUUCCAGCAUGUCCCCGCCACCUGCUCUCCUUCCAGCAUGUCCCCGCCACCUGCUCUCCUUCCAGCAUGUCCCCGCCACCUGCUCUCCUUCCAGCAUGUCCCCGCCACCUGCUCUCCUUCCAGCAUGUCCCCGCCACCUGCUCUCCUUCCAGCAUGUCCCCGCCACCUGCUCUCCUUCCAGCAUGUCCCCGCCACCUGCUCUCCUUCCAGCAUGUCCCCGCCACCUGCUCUCCUUCCAGCAUGUCCCCGCCACCUGCUCUCCUUCCAGCAUGUCCCCGCCACCUGCUCUCCUUCCAGCAUGUCCCCGCCACCUGCUCUCCUUCCAGCAUGUCCCCGCCACCUGCUCUCCUUCCAGCAUGUCCCCGCCACCUGCUCUCCUUCCAGCAUGUCCCCGCCACCUGCUCUCCUUCCAGCAUGUCCCCGCCACCUGCUCUCCUUCCAGCAUGUCCCCGCCACCUGCUCUCCUUCCAGCAUGUCCCCGCCACCUGCUCUCCUUCCAGCAUGUCCCCGCCACCUGCUCUCCUUCCAGCAUGUCCCCGCCACCUGCUCUCCUUCCAGCAUGUCCCCGCCACCUGCUCUCCUUCCAGCAUGUCCCCGCCACCUGCUCUCCUUCCAGCAUGUCCCCGCCACCUGCUCUCCUUCCAGCAUGUCCCCGCCACCUGCUCUCCUUCCAGCAUGUCCCCGCCACCUGCUCUCCUUCCAGCAUGUCCCCGCCACCUGCUCUCCUUCCAGCAUGUCCCCGCCACCUGCUCUCCUUCCAGCAUGUCCCCGCCACCUGCUCUCCUUCCAGCAUGUCCCCGCCACCUGCUCUCCUUCCAGCAUGUCCCCGCCACCUGCUCUCCUUCCAGCAUGUCCCCGCCACCUGCUCUCCUUCCAGCAUGUCCCCGCCACCUGCUCUCCUUCCAGCAUGUCCCCGCCACCUGCUCUCCUUCCAGCAUGUCCCCGCCACCUGCUCUCCUUCCAGCAUGUCCCCGCCACCUGCUCUCCUUCCAGCAUGUCCCCGCCACCUGCUCUCCUUCCAGCAUGUCCCCGCCACCUGCUCUCCUUCCAGCAUGUCCCCGCCACCUGCUCUCCUUCCAGCAUGUCCCCGCCACCUGCUCUCCUUCCACCAUGUCCCCGCCACCUGCUCUCCUUCCAGCAUGUCCCCGCCACCUGCUCUCCUUCCAGCAUGUCCCCGCCACCUGCUCUCCUUCCAGCAUGUCCCCGCCACCUGCUCUCCUUCCAGCAUGUCCCCGCCACCUGCUCUCCUUCCAGCAUGUCCCCGCCACCUGCUCUCCUUCCACCAUGUCCCCGCCACCUCCUCUCCUUCCAGCAUGUCCCCGCCACCUGCUCUCCUUCCACCAUGUCCCCGCCACCUCCUCUCCUUCCAGCAUGUCCCCGCCACCUGCUCUCCUUCCACCAUGUCCCCGCCACCUCCUCUCCUUCCAGCAUGUCCCCGCCACCUGCUCUCCUUCCACCAUGUCCCCGCCACCUGCUCUCCUUCCACCAUGUCCCCGCCACCUCCUCUCCUUCCACCAUGUCCCCGCCACCUCCUCUCCUUCCACCAUGUCCCCGCCACCUCCUCUCCUUCCACCAUGUCCCCGCCACCUGCUCUCCUUCCACCAUGUCCCCGCCACCUCCUCUCCUUCCAGCAUGUCCCCGCCACCUGCUCUCCUUCCACCAUGUCCCCGCCACCUGCUCUCCUUCCACCAUGUCCCCGCCACCUCCUCUCCUUCCACCAUGUCCCCGCCACCUCCUCUCCUUCCACCAUGUCCCCGCCACCUCCUCUCCUUCCACCAUGUCCCCGCCACCUCCUCUCCUUCCACCAUGUCCCCGCCACCUCCUCUCCUUCCACCAUGUCCCCGCCACCUCCUCUCCUUCCAGCAUGUCCCCGCCACCUGGUCUCCUUCCACCAUGUCCCCGCCACCUCCUCUCCUUCCACCAUGUCCCCGCCACCUCCUCUCCUUCCACCAUGUCCCCGCCACCUCCUCUCCUUCCACCAUGUCCCCGCCACCUCCUCUCCUUCCACCAUGUCCCCGCCACCUCCUCUCCUUCCACCAUGUCCCCGCCACCUCCUCUCCUUCCACCAUGUCCCCGCCACCUCCUCUCCUUCCACCAUGUCCCCGCCACCUCCUCUCCUUCCACCAUGUCCCCGCCACCUGCUCUCCUUCCACCAUGUCCCCGCCACCUCCUCUCCUUCCACCAUGUCCCCGCCACCUCCUCUCCUUCCACCAUGUCCCCGCCACCUCCUCUCCUUCCAGCAUGUCCCCGCCACCUGCUCUCCUUCCAGCAUGUCCCCGCCACCUGCUCUCCUUCCAGCAUGUCCCCGCCACCUCCUCUCCUUCCACCAUGUCCCCGCCACCUCCUCUCCUUCCACCAUGUCCCCGCCACCUCCUCUCCUUCCACCAUGUCCCCGCCACCUCCUCUCCUUCCACCAUGUCCCCGCCACCUGCUCUCCUUCCACCAUGUCCCCGCCACCUCCUCUCCUUCCACCAUGUCCCCGCCACCUCCUCUCCUUCCACCAUGUCCCCGCCACCUCCUCUCCUUCCACCAUGUCCCCGCCACCUCCUCUCCUUCCACCAUGUCCCCGCCACCUCCUCUCCUUCCACCAUGUCCCCGCCACCUCCUCUCCUUCCACCAUGUCCCCGCCACCUCCUCUCCUUCCACCAUGUCCCCGCCACCUCCUCUCCUUCCACCAUGUCCCCGCCACCUCCUCUCCUUCCACCAUGUCCCCGCCACCUCCUCUCCUUCCACCAUGUCCCCGCCACCUCCUCUCCUUCCACCAUGUCCCCGCCACCUCCUCUCCUUCCACCAUGUCCCCGCCACCUGCUCUCCUUCCACCAUGUCCCCGCCACCUCCUCUCCUUCCACCAUGUCCCCGCCACCUGCUCUCCUUCCACCAUGUCCCCGCCACCUCCUCUCCUUCCACCAUGUCCCCGCCACCUCCUCUCCUUCCACCAUGUCCCCGCCACCUCCUCUCCUUCCACCAUGUCCCCGCCACCUCCUCUCCUUCCACCAUGUCCCCGCCACCUCCUCUCCUUCCACCAUGUCCCCGCCACCUCCUCUCCUUCCACCAUGUCCCCGCCACCUCCUCUCCUUCCACCAUGUCCCCGCCACCUCCUCUCCUUCCACCAUGUCCCCGCCACCUCCUCUCCUUCCACCAUGUCCCCGCCACCUCCUCUCCUUCCACCAUGUCCCCGCCACCUCCUCUCCUUCCACCAUGUCCCCGCCACCUCCUCUCCUUCCACCAUGUCCCCGCCACCUCCUCUCCUUCCACCAUGUCCCCGCCACCUCCUCUCCUUCCACCAUGUCCCCGCCACCUCCUCUCCUUCCACCAUGUCCCCGCCACCUCCUCUCCUUCCACCAUGUCCCCGCCACCUCCUCUCCUUCCACCAUGUCCCCGCCACCUGCUCUCCUUCCACCAUGUCCCCGCCACCUCCUCUCCUUCCACCAUGUCCCCGCCACCUCCUCUCCUUCCACCAUGUCCCCGCCACCUCCUCUCCCUCUUCAACCACCCGCAAGCAGCCCCCGUCUAGGGUCCACCUCCUCAUUCCCGCCCUGUCUAUGUUUUUGUUUCACUUCUUCAUCUCAUCCACCUCCCCACUCCCUUCUCCCUCACACUCCCUUCUCCCUCAUACUCCCUUCUCCCUCACACUCCCUUCUCCCUCAUACUCCCUUCUCCCUCGUACUCCCUUCUCCCUCACACUCCCUUCUCCCUCACACUCCCUUCUCCCUCACACCUCCUUCUCCCUCACACUCCCUUCUCCCUCACACUCCCUUCUCCCUCACACUCCCUUCUCCCUCAUACUCCCUUCUCCCCCAUACUCAAUUCUUCUCCGUCCUCUCCCCCACUCUCCCCCACUCCCUCAACCUCCCACUUGUUUCCCCUUCCCCCAUUCUCCCCCCAUUCUCCCCCCCUGUUCCCCCUCUCCGCAGCUGGCUGCCCCCAGAUGGUUCCCCCCUCGCUCCAGUGAGGGGAGCCCUCUCAACGGUAUUCCCCUCACACCCCCCGGAGGCCCCCAUGGAAACAGUGGUGCUGCGCUGCUCCUUUGCCCCACCCGCUGCGCCUGGGGAGGGGGAGAAGCAACGGGGGGAGGGGGAGGGGGCGCUGCCGUUGGGGGGCAGGGUGGCAGCGGUUAUGGCCGGAGGCAUGACUGUUCCCCUCAUCAGGGAGCAGCACCUCUUUGACAAAUCACCACCCACCACCACCACCACCUCUCCGCCCUUUCCGCCGCCCUUCCCAUCCCACCUCACCCUCUGUCUCCCCCCGCUCCACGGCCCGUCCAUCUCCCCGCGCGCCCUCCUCGAGUUCCUCUCAUACCACCGCCUCAUCGGCAUCACCUCCUUCCUGCUCUACAACGCGGGGGGUGCCACCGACCCCGUGCGGGCCGUGAUCCACGCCCAGUCAGAGCAAGGCAGGGUGGAGACAGGCCAAGGCACGGCCCACGCAGGGCAAGGUAGGGCGGAGACAGGCCAAGGCACGGCCCAGGCAGGGCAAGGCAGGGCGGAGCUGGUGGAGAUGGCAGGGCUGUUGGAGCGGGAGCAGCUGUGGAACCACGGGCAGGUGCCGGCGCUCCACGACUGCUUGUAUCGGUCCCGCAUGGCGGCGCACUGGGUGCUCUAUCUUGACUUGGAUGACUACCUCUGGCUGCCGCCUGUUACUGAGCCCCGGCCGCUCCCGCCUUUGCACAUACUGUUAGAGACCUAUGACGCUGGGUGA